GUCUAGAAGGUGCGUGCUGGAGCCUGCAGGCGCGACCAGCAACCAGCGUGGGAACGCGGCUGCGGUCUGUGGACUGCGUCCUCAACACAAUGGCCCGGCUCCUCUUGAUUUUCUUCCCAGCGAUCUUUUUGGAGAUAUCCAUUCUCCCCAGAAGCCCCAAUAGGAAAAUGUUGCUGGCAGGAGCCUCGUCUCAGCGCUCUGUGGCCAGAAUGGACGGGGAUGUCAUCAUUGGAGCUCUCUUCUCAGUCCAUCACCAGCCUCCGGCGGAGAAGGUGCCCGAAAGGAAAUGCGGGGAGAUCAGGGAGCAGUAUGGCAUCCAGAGGGUGGAGGCCAUGUUCCACACGUUGGAUAAGAUUAACGCGGACCCGGUCCUCCUGCCCAACAUCACGCUGGGCAGCGAGAUCCGGGACUCCUGCUGGCACUCGUCUGUGGCUCUGGAACAGAGCAUUGAGUUCAUCAGGGACUCUCUGAUUUCCAUUCGAGACGAGAAGGACGGGCUCAACCGGUGUCUGCCUGAUGGCCAGACCCUCCCCCCAGGCAGGACUAAGAAGCCCAUUGCUGGUGUGAUCGGCCCAGGCUCCAGCUCUGUAGCCAUUCAAGUCCAGAACUUGCUGCAGUUGUUCGACAUCCCUCAGAUCGCCUAUUCUGCCACGAGCAUCGACCUGAGUGACAAAACUUUAUACAAAUACUUUCUGAGGGUUGUCCCUUCUGACACUUUGCAGGCGAGGGCAAUGCUAGACAUAGUCAAGCGUUACAAUUGGACCUAUGUCUCUGCAGUCCACACGGAAGGGAAUUACGGGGAGAGUGGAAUGGACGCUUUCAAAGAGCUGGCUGCGCAGGAAGGCCUCUGCAUCGCCCACUCGGAUAAAAUCUACAGCAAUGCUGGGGAGAAGAGCUUCGACCGCCUCCUGCGCAAGCUCCGGGAGCGGCUUCCCAAGGCCAGGGUGGUGGUCUGCUUCUGCGAAGGCAUGACGGUGCGGGGGCUCCUGAGUGCCAUGCGGCGCCUCGGUGUGGUGGGCGAGUUCUCACUCAUUGGCAGGUAA